AUGUUCGCCAAAACCACUACAACCGCUCACGAUAGCUGUUUCUGGGCCGAGAAGCGCAUCAUAGCCAUCUCAUUCGUCAUCACCCUCUCCUACUUCCAGUAUGGCUACGACUCCGCUGCCAUCGCUGGUUUCCAGUCCAUGCGUGGCUUCCUCGAGAUCUACGGUCAUGUCGAUUCGCACUCGCCCAUCGACUAUAACAUCAGCACCGAAGUCCAGCGCCUGAUCCAAUCUCUCCUCAAUAUCGGGAGUUUCGUCUCCGUUGUUGCCAUCUAUUUCCUGGGCUCGAUGAUCUCGCGUCGGUUAGGGUUAUGGAUUGGUUGCGCCCUCGCCUUUCUGUCUGUGUCGAUAAUGAUUGGGGUCGAGAAUCUCGGGGGAUUAUAUGCGGGUCGCUUGUUGCUGGGCAUGUCGAAUGGGUUUCUGGUGCCGUAUAACGUCAUGUUUGUGAGCGAGUCGGCGCCGAGUUUGCUGAGGGGGCCAAUACUCGGGAUGACGAUCUUGCAGACUUCGCUGGGGGCGCUGUUUGGGAUCUUGGUGGACAACUACACGAAUGUGAGGGAAGGCGAGGACGAAUAUGCCAUCAAUGCCAUUCGACGAUUAAGGGGCAUUAAGGACGAAGGGCUGCUCCGAGCUGAAGUCGAGGAUAUCAGGAGCGCGUAUGAGAUGGAGCAGGAGCUUCAUGCUGGCGUUCGUCUGAAGGACAUGUUCCGUGGUACGGACCUGCGAAGGACACUGCUCAGUUAUGGGUGCAUCAUCGGCGGAACUUGCACCGGAAUCACGUUUAUGGCGGGGUUUUCGGUAUACCUGUUUUUGAUGGCUAAGGUCGGAAAGCCAUUCCACUGGGUCAUGAUAUCUCUGGUCGUCGCCUUGGCAGGAAAUAUUUUGUCGUUUCCGGCUAUGCGUAUGUUCGGUCGUCGGCAGCUGAUUAUUUAUUGUUCCGUUGGGUCGGCUGCCAUGUGGCUCGGAAUGGCCAUCAUAUACACCGUUUCGGGCAGUCGCACUUCGACAGAUAAUGGUGCCGGGGCUGCAAAGGGACUUGUUGCGCUGUCAAUCGUGUACGGCUGGGUGGCAGGCCUCGGACAAGCUGGCGUGCUGAUUGCCCUGGCAGCCGAGAUUCCAUCGCAAAGAUUGCGGUCGCAGACAGUGGGAACUGGGGCUGGAAUCAACGCCUUCUUUGGCUGGAUGGUGUCGUUCUUUUCGCCCUACUUCAUCAACUCGGAUAAGUUGAACUGGGGCCCAAAGCAUGGUUAUAUCUGGGGUGGGAGCAACCUGAUCUUGGCCGUUUGGACGUGGGUGUUUGUGCUCGAGACAAAGGGGAGAAGCUUGGAGCAAUUGGAUGAACUGUUUGAGAAGCGGGUGGGCGCGAGGCAGUUUUCCUCAUAUGUUGUAGAGAGGCAAUUGGUGUAUGACGUUGUAACAUCCCGCGCGGAAGGAAGGAACGGCAAGGUUUCAGCCAAACACUACGUCGAGGACCGGGAGAAAGAAGCACCUGCCUUGACGGAAAGGACGCUCUGA